CGAGAGCGCGGCUGCUGCGGCAGGAGCAGCGCCAGGCGGGCGGGCGGCCGCCGCCACCCGCCGCGGGACGGGUCUGGUCACGCCACGCCACGCUACGCUACGCGGCUUUAGUAAAGCUUCCAGGGUUUUUUUCCCUACUUCUCCUGUGGAUCGGAGAGGUUGAGCGUGUGCCAGCAUGGCAGAAAAAGUGAACAACUUCCCUCCCCUGCCGAGGUUCAUCCCCUUGAAGCCAUGUUUCUACCAGGACUUCGACGCGGAGAUCCCACCGCAGCACCGUACCAUGGCCAAGCGGCUUUACUACCUCUGGAUGCUGAACAGCAUCACCUUGGCGGUGAAUCUCGUUGGCUGCCUCGCAUGGCUGAUUGGAGGCGGUGGAGCUGUUAAUUUUGGACUGGCAAUUCUCUGGCUCAUUCUCUUUACGCCCUGCUCCUAUGUCUGCUGGUUUAGACCUAUUUACAAAGCUUUCAAGACAGACAGUUCCUUCAGCUUCAUGGCCUUCUUCUUCACCUUCAUGGCCCAGCUGGUGAUCAGCAUUAUCCAGGCGGUGGGAAUCCCUGGCUGGGGUGUCUGCGGCUGGAUUGCAGCGAUUUCCUUCUUCGGGACCAACGUGGGGUCGGCCGUGGUGAUGCUGAUCCCCACUGUCCUGUUCACGGGGAUGGCAGUCUUCUCCUUCAUCGCUCUCACUAUGGUGCAUAAGUUUUACCGGGGGAGCGGCGGGAGCUUCAGCAAAGCCCAGGAGGAGUGGACCACGGGCGCGUGGAAGAACCCCCACGUGCAGCAGGCAGCACAGAGCGCGGCGAUGGGGGCGGCGCAGGGGGCCAUGAUGCACAACGAGACGCAGUACUCAGCCACCCCGAACUACACCUACUCCAACGAGAUGUGAGCAGCAGGACACUGUCCUCAGGCGAAAGAUCUGGGGGGGGAAAGGAGGAGGAGGAAGGCUGAGCCGAGUUUCUGCAGCUGUUUCAGAAAGUCGGAGUGUACCAUAAUGGUUCUUAUUUUCCCGUUCUUUGUAAUGAGAUCAUUUCGGAUUUUUUCCUUUUUCUUUUUUUUUUUUUUUCCUCUCCCCACGCCCCCCCCCCCCCCGUUAUUGUCUUCAGCUCUUCUUUUCUCCUUUAUUUUUCAUUUUGAAGAGGCCAUGAGUUGACCUGCAGGGCUCUUUUUGUGCGUGGUAGUAAGUGUAUGUUCACGUGUCUUCUUUUUCCCUGUGAAAUAGUGUAUGGUGGUGGUUUUUUAAUUACUGUGGUGAUAGGUGUACGUUAGAACUACAUCAGCCAAAAGCCCACACCCCAGCCCACCCCCCCCAAAAAAGGGAAAGAAAAAAAAUGGCAACCAGCCAACCAGCACCCAUCUCCCCUUCCAGAAUAAGCCCUGAACCACAGGUUUUCAACGUGUAUGUUUUCUCUUUCAGUUGGUAGCGUCCAGCCACUUGCCACUGUCUCAGCAAGGACAAGCAUUCCUGGGAAUUCUCCCUUUUCUUUAGCUUUUUAACUAGCAGGUGGCUGGCUGAUUUAGAAUUUAAAAAAUCAGGAGGGGAAAAAAAAAAAAAAAAAACAAAAAAAAAAACAAAAGCAAACAAACCACAAACCCCUCGAUCUUGCUGUCGAUAUGCUGGAAGCCAAGAGAUUCCUAAUCUACACCCUGGCUCAGGAUCUACAAGUUCUCUCUGUGUGUGGUGUUGUAAAUGAGUAGUUUACAUUUUGAUGUGGAAGCGCAGAAUUUGUGCGUGACUGUGGGCAGGAGCCCCGGCGCGCUGUGUGCGUGCGCGUGUGCGUGUGCUGGGGAGCGAGGACAGGUUUUCCCUGCGGGAUACAGCCAUCCCGUUCCAGAUUCUGCAUCCUGAGUCUGUUUCUUAAAGGCUUCUGUUUUGAAAAGCGGCUAUAAAAUUGGCAGAGCGUUUCUCAGAGGACCUAUUCUUGGGCAAGGCUCCGGGUCAAAUCUUGCCACCCCGUAUGCAAGCACAUACAACCAGUCUCACCAACCAUGUAAAUAGCAAGGCCAAGAUUUGUCCCUGUUAGCUGUUGAGGCGUGCACUAAUUUAAGGCUCUUUGGGAAACCUCCAGACUGGCAGGAAGGAUUCCUGCUCACCUGUGCUUCUACCAAGCACAGUGGAACGUGGCCAUGGAUUUUCCUGGUGCAGAAAUCCCUGCUCCUGUUGGCCCCGAAUCCCUGCCCAGUUAGGGGAGGUAGGGCUUUAAAUAAUGAUCUAGCACCUUAGUGAGAGGCAGCUGAGCUCAGACUAGCAUCUCUUGAGCUGUGGCAGCUGGGGAAGGUGACCGGCAGACCCUGGAGAAGAUCAGUUUGUAAAUGGGAGCUGAUGGACUCUGCAGGGCAGGAGUAGGGAAAGCUCCUUCUUAGAGAUGCUUUUCAGACUCCAAACGCACUUUAAAUACGCCAAAUUUUCCCCCAAGUCCUAGAAAAGCAGCCCAAACAGAAUCCGAUCUGGCCCCUUGGCUCAAAUAUCUCCUACCUGCUGCAGGCAACGAGUUCAGCGUGCCACUGCUCAUGCCAGCAGCUGGCCAGGGCUGUGCGAGUCCCCGGCCCCUUGCCUCUCACCUCCUGUCCCCUCUAGCUGUCCUGUCCGGUGAUGCUUGUCUGUGACUCCUACCCACGAGAAUCACCCCAAAGAGGAACUUCUCUUUGCCAGCGAAGCACACCAAGAAUAGUUUCCUGUUUAAGGGUAUCACUUCAGUCACUCUGCAGUAGGCAGUCGUUUCCUGACAAGACUAAAAUGCAGCUAAUGAUAAAAUGCCUGUCUGUGUGUGUAUAUAUAUAUAUGUAUAAAACGUAAGGAGAAAAGUAAUCCUUUGCUGAGCCUAUUAUGUACUUAAUCAGGUUUAAAUAUUGUGCAAUUCAUUUAUAGCUAGCCUAAAACUUACUAUGCCAAAUCACGUGCUCUGUCAUCCAUGUCUGAGAAGUGAUGAAUUAAGUGACUUCACCUUUUGCAUUUACAAUAAGAUGCAUAAAUAACUGUAACAAGCUAUUAACUAACAGACAUUGCUUCAGCAUCUAACCCUCC